GCUGAAGGAGCAGAGCUGCGCAGCUCGGACACACCUGAUCUCUGAAAAGUUCACCUGACGCUGAACCAGUGGACUUCAGGGGGACAGCUGGAGGAUGGAGAGGCUGCUGAGAAGGUGUCGGAUCAAAAACAGGCUGGUCAGGGAGUGCAUGGCUGAAUUUCUCGGGGUCUACGUCCUGAUUCUGUUCGGAUGUGGCUCAGCAGCCCAGGUGACCACAUCUGGCGAGAGAAACGGCCAGUACUUGUCCAUCAACCUGAGCUUUGCUUUGGGGGUGACUUUUGGGGUCUUUGUGUCCCGCGGAGUCUCGGGUGCUCACCUGAACCCCGCGGUCACCCUGAGCUUGUGCGUUCUGGGCAGAUGUUCAUGGAUCAGACUGCCGUUCUACACCUUCUUCCAGGUGCUCGGAGCCCUGCUGGCCGCAGCCACAGUGGGGCUGCAGUACUACGAUGCCAUCCAGAUGUUCAGUGGGGGUCAGCUGACAGUGAUGGGUCCAACCGCCACAGCAGGUAUUUUCUCAACCUAUCCAGCAGACUACCUCAGCCUGUGGGGAGGAAUUGUUGACCAGAUCAUCGGCACUGCGGCCCUGCUCCUGUGUAUCCUGGCGAUCGGGGACCAGAGGAACACCUCCAUCCCUGAUUUUCUGCAGCCGCUCCUGGCCGGAGCGACGGUUCUGGUGAUCGGCAUCUCCAUGGGCUCCAACUGCGGCUACCCUCUGAACCCGGCCAGGGAUUUUGGACCUCGACUCUUCACUUACAUCGCCGGCUGGGGAGAAGACGUUUUCAAGGCUGGAGGCGGCUGGUGGUGGGUGCCGAUCGUUGCCCCCUGCAUCGGAGCGCUGCUGGGGGCUCUGAUCUAUGAGCUGCUGGUUGAAGUCCACCACCCUCCACCUUCGUCUGAGACGACUUCAGGUCAGGAAGCUGCUGAGAAGGAGGGAGUGGAACUGGAGGGAGUGGAACCAGAAGGUGGAAAACCCAUUUAAGUGAUCAAAUUAGGAGGAAACUUGUCAAAACAUUGCACUUUAAAAU